CGGGGCGAGCCCCGAAUGGCGAGGCGCGGGGGCGGCGCCCGGGCGGGGCGAAUAGUGGGGAGAGACAUGGCCGCUCUUCGUGUCCUGUUGUCCCGCGUCCGCGGCCCGCUGAGGUCCCCGAUCCACUGCUCCGCGUGGCGUCCCUUCGCCUCGGGUCCUAACUUUGAGUACAUCAUCGCAGAAAAAAGGGGGAAGAAUAACACCGUGGGGUUGAUCCAGCUGAACCGCCCCAAGGCCCUCAAUGCACUUUGCAAUGGGCUGAUUGAGGAGCUCAAUCAGGCACUAAAGACCUUCCAGGAGGACCCAGCCGUGGGGGCCAUUGUCCUCACUGGUGGGGAUAAGGCCUUUGCAGCUGGAGCUGAUAUCAAGGAAAUGCAGAACCUGAGUUUCCAGCACUGUUACCUCCAAACGUUGUUGAGCCAAUGGGACUACCUCACUCAGGUCAAGAAGCCAGUCAUCGCUGCUGUCAAUGGCUAUGCUCUUGGCGGGGGCUGUGAGCUUGCCAUGAUGUGUGACAUCAUCUAUGCCGGCGAGAAGGCCCAGUUUGGACAGCCGGAGAUCUUACUAGGGACCAUCCCAGGUGCAGGUGGCACCCAGAGACUCACCCGUGCUGUUGGGAAGUCGCUGGCGAUGGAGAUGGUCCUCACCGGUGACCGGAUCUCAGCCCAGGAUGCCAAGCAAGCAGGUCUUGUAAGCAAGAUUUUUCCUGUUGAGACACUGGUGGAAGAAGCCAUCCAGUGUGCAGAAAGAAUUGCCAGCAAUUCUAAAAUUAUAGUAGCAAUGGCCAAAGAAUCAGUGAAUGCAGCUUUUGAAAUGACGUUAACAGAAGGAAGGAAGUUGGAGAAGACCCUCUUUCAUUCAACCUUUGCAACUGAUGACCAGAAAGAAGGGAUGGCUGCGUUUGUGGAAAAGAGAAAGGCCAACUUCAGAGACCAGUGAGAAGCAGCUGCCCCUGCCCUACACCUCCACCUGGAGAGGAAAAGCAUAGGCUGUCAGUUUUAGAAGCAAGUAAAUCACCCUCUUUUCAAGGGCAGUGUC